CUAAAAUGUCUGGCAUGCUUGUUUCUGAAGAUACUAAAUCUAGAAGUAGUGACCUGACCUUUAAAGAAAUAAUGACUGUCUGCACAACCUUUGAUUUCAUGCUAAACAAGAACUUGCUUGUUGAAUAUUUAGAGUGGCUUUUAGCUCAUCAUAAAUACGCGAUAAUUGAAGCUCUUUUCUUUCAAUUUUUCUUAGAAUUUGUUGAUACUUGCUCAUACAAGGAUGAACAAAGACAGAAGAGGCUGAUGAGAAUCAUAAAACUUAAAGAACUUGUUGCUAUAGUGUUAGUUAAAGGCCAAUAUCACAACAUUAUUCAUUAUUUGAUAGCAAAUAAGUAUGAUCAUAAUUUGACUAAGGAGUUCAGAAGGAAGAAUCCUCCCACAAAAUCGCUCAAGAGUGUCAGUACUGUAUCAAACUUCAAGCCUUUGCUACAGAUGAAUUACAACCAAUUGAGAGAAUGUAUUGAGUUUUCGGUCCAAUAUUUCAAACAGAUAGAGACUGGAGAGAAAGAACAAUUGAUUAGCAAACAGAUUAUGUUGUAUUGUCUCCUUUGUGAUACCAAAUUGGCUGAAAAGUCUGAUCAAAUAUUGAAAAUGCUGUCUAAUGUAUUUAAAUCUACUGAAAAAUUUGAAGCAAAUUUUUCGUACGAAGAAUUGACCAAAAUACUGGAAGACUACCAAGAACUUUCAAAGGUAUUACGUGAAUCAAAAGCGGCCAAGAAUGCAGAGAAUGAGGAACUGAAAAUAGUUAUCACUCAGUUUGACGAGCAUAAGUUAGAUCUUGAUGGCAACAGGCUUCCCAAUGUGGCUAGAUAUUUCUUUGAGGCUAUCGGAUAUCUCCAAUCUUUUAACUUCAAGAAGUCAGAGUAUUUAUUCCAAAAAUUAAUCGUUAUGAUUUUGAAGCAAGAGAGUUCUCAGAAAGAAGCUGAUAAUUUUAAUGUAAAAAUUUACUGAGACUCUAUCCAUUUUGUCAACGUUAUAAAGCUGAUAAACCUGAGAAGUAAAGCUUAUAGCACACAUGAUCUGAGGAAAGCCCUUCUAGAGACAUCUAAGAUUUUCAUGCAGUAUCCUUACCCAGACUUGUACAUAAAGAUUCCUAGUGAGUAUAGGAAGGUGGAAGGGUUCUCUGAAAUGAGCCUGUUUGAUUUGAUUAUCAAUUGUGUACAUAACUUCUUGAGAUAUCCUAUUGAAGAGAACAAGAAUUUAGAAGGAGUUCAUCGCAAGUUGAUCAAGAAAUUUCUGAAAAACUUGAUUGCUCAUCUCAGUAGUUCCAAGAAAGGUAAAAAUCCUGUCAUUGUGAAAAUGAACAAGACUUAUACAGGGAUGCUGACUUUCUUGUGAGGAGUAUAUGACUCCCCUGUCAAUAGGAUAGACCAUCUCAAUAAGGAUUUUAAGAGGGUUGAGCAUAAGGAAUAUAACCUAUUAUUUGAAGGAGCUCAAGAUUAUAUACAUCUAUUAAAGAAGUCAAAAUUAGCUGGUGUUAAUCUAGGUAUCCCAAAAUCAAGAGUAGCCUCAGAACAGCAGAGCAAGGGCGAGGAAGACUCUAAACAGGAAGGAGAGAAGAAGUCUAAAACUUCUAGUAACAAACUAUUGUCUUUGUGCAUGAGCAUCAAGAAACAUUGUGAGGAAUUAAAGCAUGUUCUUUCAAAAGCAGAUAAAAAUUAUUGAAGAGAAAUCCCAAGAAGCUCCAAACUUCAAAGAUUAAACAUCGAAUGCAGUAUUAUAAAUUCCUUCAUGAAAAAUAAGAGCCGCAAGAGUGCCUUAAAGUACUUCCUUGAAUUCGAGGACACCGCUAUUAGUGACUGGAGUUGGAUCGAAGAGAUAUCAAAAAGGAGUAUGAAGACAAUGUUUCAGACAGAGACUAUUCACCAAAUCUCAGAUUGAAUUCUUGCUCUCUCUAAUCCAUUCGAGGCAAGUCUGAUCUACCAGAUCUGCAACAUUAAGGAUACAGUUGUGAAGGAAAACAUUGGGAAAAGCAUUAUUAACUAUUAUGCAGUGAAUACCUCUCUACUAGGAGACGAAACUCUUGUCAGCUCAACAGCUUUAGAUAACCUUGAAAGAGAUCUUAAUAGUGCUCUUGAAUAUGUAUGGAGUAUUGACUACCUCAGUCAGCUAGUCAUUUGCUUAAACUCAACGAAGAAAUCUAUUGCCAAAAAGAACGCUAUGAAGUCAGUUAAAAAUAAAAUGGCUGCUCUGAGCGACCAUUCCAGACAUGCAAGCGAUAUUGAAAUGACUUUAGAGAAAAAGACUUCUAGAAGUCCUCAAUCUGGGAAGAACUCUGACAGUAGUUAUUCUAAUAGCAUCAAGAAGCUUAUUGAAAGAAUGGAAGCUCUAGAUUUAGAGGAGGAAGAGUUCUUCCAAAAGGAGCCUUCAGCACCAGACGAGAAAUGGGUUGCAAAGUAUAGAUCGAAGCUCCGUUUACAUUUAAUCUCACUGGUUAAUAAGACUUCAUAA